AUGCAAAAACUUCCUGCACCAAUACGCACCUUAUCGCUUAUCAAAAUUCUUCACAAGUGCCACAAGUGUCGUAAGUGUGGGAAGUCCUUUAGCUGUCGAUCCACUCUCGUUCAACAUCAGAGGAUCCACACAGGAGAGAGACCCUAUACAUGUAAUGAAUGUAGUAAAACCUUCGAUCAGAUGGCACACCUUAACCAGCACGAGAGAAUCCACACAGCUGAGACACCAUAUGAAUGUCAGGAAUGUAGGAAGACCUUCAGCCAGAUGACUCAUCUUACUCAGCAUCAGAGUACACAUGCUAGAGAAAGGUCCCGUGGGUGCCAUGAGUGUGGAAAGACCUUCAACCAUUCCUCAGCCCUGAUUGAUCACCGGAGAAUUCAUAGUGGGGAAAGACCCUGCAAAUGUAAGGACUGCAGUGAUGUCUUCACUCAAAGCGCACAGCUCACUAGACAUAAGAAAAUUCAUUCUGGAGAAAAACCCUACGAAUGUAGUAAGCGUAAGAAGUCCUUCCUAUGUCUGUCUUCCCUGAUUGAGCAUCAGAGAGUUCAUACUGGAGAAAUGUGGGAAAUAGGUUUAAGAAUUCUCUACGCUUACACAAAUGGGUUAAAAAGGCAUCAGGCGGAAAGCCGCCUUAACAGGAGGAAAGUGUCUGAGGACAGCUAA